UCCAACAGGCCGCUGGCUGUGGGGUGACCAAGGACACUACUGCCCCCCUGGCUUUGCCCUGGAGCCCAUGGAGCUGACACCUGAUGCCAGCCACAAGGAGAAUGUGCCCCCCAGGCCUGCGACCCCGCUGAGGCCAGGCAAGAGGCUUAAGCCACGGAGACUCCUGGUGACACAGAGCCCUGGCCGGUGGGCGCCCAGGGGCCAGGCUGAGAGGGGAGGGCCUGCCACCGCACCCUCCCCUGGCUCGGUGCUUCGCCAGGAGCCCUGCGGAGUCCAGAGCAACCUGGCCAGCCCCCUCCCCCGCCUGGGCCUUGCCCCAAAGGCCACGACUGGUCCUAACUGGCUCAUCAACUCACGCUUCCAGCAGCAGAGCAACCUGCAGCCCCUGCGCAGCCUCCCCCAGGGGGCAGCGCAAGCCUCAGCCGUCCAGCAGAGUAACCUGGGCCUCGGGGAGGCCAGCCUGGCCGAGUGUGGAAUUCGCAGCAGCCCCCAUCUUUGGUCGGAGCCUCCAGAAAGCUUCUGGCCUCACAGAAUGCCCCUGAGAAGUCCCCUACCCCAAGGGCCACAGGCUCGCCCAUCCUCCACCCGGAAGCAGUCCCGGCUGCUGCCCAUAGACACCCCACGUCUGGACUUCAGCCCCACUGAGCACUAUGCCCCUGUCGAUGGGCACACACAGCCAGGCCCCAGCUCCCAGGGUGGCCUGGGGAGCUGGGCCUCUGGGCUCAUGGGGGAACCCCUUACCCUGGAAGACCUGGCUGUCCCUGCCAAGAGCCAGGCUCGGGCCCCAUCCCAGGCUGCCAUGUCCCAGCUGCUGGCCUUCCUGCAAUGCCUGGAGCACAAGGUGGCCCGCCUCAGGUGCCGGAGGACCCAGGAACCCCCAGUCCCUUUGCAGCAAGAGCCCUGGACCGGUGAUGGCCAGGGCCUCCCUGCUGGCCCCCAGCCCUACCAGCCUGUUUUUGCUUCCUGGGACAAGAGGAAGAAGCACCCCCACGGUUUCAGGGGAGCUGUGAAUUUCCCAGGGACACCCAGGGCCCAGCUUGGUCCCUCAGACUCUCAGGCAGGCAGCAAGCCCGAAUCGCCACCACCAGAGACCCCUGCGGAGGUGCUCACUAGGGAUUCCUCAGCUCCCAGCAGGGCGCCCUUCCUGCCUCCGGCAGCUGCUGUCCAGAUGUUUCAGAGCUUGGCGGCACUCAGUGCAGGACCACAGCUGCUGCACUGGGCACCGUGGCUCCUGGAGGCCCAGCUGGAGGCGGUGUGGAGUCAACACACAAGGACUGGGCUGGCCCGGAGCUUCCAGAAGGAGAGAAGGCUGACUCGGCAGCAGAAACAAGAGCAGCCCUGCCUCCAGGCCGGGCCAGCACCCCCGCCCUCUGGGGGAGGCCCCUCGGGAAGGAAGCCAGCGGUGGACCCUGCCCAGAGGAGCAGGUAUCCGGGGGGUCUGAAGGAGGAGGCUGGAGCCUGGCCAGUCCCAUUGCCUUCUGGGCCGAGACCAGAUGGAGGAGACGGGACAGCUCAGAUCCUGCAGGCCCUGCAGCAACUGGCCAGGCAGGAGCAGAAGGGGGCCCAGAGAGAGACCUCCCGGGCCAUGCGGAGCACUCGGAGCACGGGAAGGGCCCCCCAGGCCUGGAGUUCUCCCGCUGCAGAUACAGCCUUGGCCCCACUGGAUCCCCAGCAUCAGAGAGCCUGGCUCCGAAGGUGUUUCGGGGCCUGGCGGCGGGUGGUGAAGAGAGGCGCCCAGGACCCGGAUCACCUGGCUGACCGCCCCACGGGAGCCCCGAGGGUGUGCCUGAAACGGCAGAUGAGGGUGACGCGUCUGCGGGCCUCGGGUGCGAAGGUGACUCAGCUGUCCCUCUGCGGGCAGAAGGCCGGGCAGCAGUGCCUACGUGAACAGUAGCGGAGGUGGGUGCGGGUUCGAGUCCAGGGCCUGUGAAGAGCUGUGUUCCAGAGCUGGCUGCGAGCAGCAGCUCAGCGGACACGGGGGGCCCGGCCAGAGCAGCUCCUACUGCAGAGGUGGGUGGGGGAGCUCAGGAUGGGGAGGGGGAGGCGGAGGGUCAUCCCCACCCCUGGGAAAAGCAGGGAGAGAGCCCAGGGGUUGGAUGGGAGGCUGGGUUGCCUCUGCAGCUCUAGGGGAGCCCAGGCUGGAGGCCUGGGACCUGGAAAAUGGCAGGGGGUGGAGAGCCCGCUUCCAAGCUGGUGCGGAUCUGCAAGGAGCUCAGGGAUGCCCCCGGCCCGGUGUUGGGUCUUCCAGGAUGGACCGAGGAGAAGGGCGUGGGGGGCCGCAUUCACCCCGUGGUGGGAAGCCCGAGUGGCCGCAGCCUGGACACGGGGGCACGGCACCGCCUGGACCUCCGUUGCUCGCUGGAGAAGCUACAUGCUGGGUGGCCAGGCAGAGAGGCAGCUGAGGAGGACCCGGGCCCCGCAGGCCAUUGUAGCAUGGCCAGUGGCCCUGGGCCAGCGCCUUGAGGCCCACCAGCAGGCAGAAGAGAGAGCUCGGGCCCAGGCCUGUGUGGCCCUGUGCUGGACACUGUGGGUGCCUGAGUCCCACCUACGUCAGCUCAGCCAGGCCCACCCUGCCCAGAAGCUGAAUGCCAGGUGGGUGCCCGUGGCCCGAGGGGCAGCCUCUCACUGUGCUUCCAGCUUGGGCCUCAAGCUUGUCUGGGACAGGGGUAGCGGGUAUUUGGUGGCUGCUGCCAGGGCUCAGGACACUAAGGGUGAUAGGGAGAGGUGGUCCUGGUCAUUGUCCUUAGUACUGGGGUCAGAUCCCGGCUCUGCACCCCCCAGCUGUGCCUUUGAGAAGUGGCACCGGAACCAGGCCACCAGGGGCCUGCGGAGAGGAGCCCCAGCAAGCAGCCUGACACCCCUGAGGGAGGUGGGCGUCGGGAGCCCCAGGAGUGGGCUGGCAGCGGCCCGAGCCCCUGCGUGUGGUGGUCUUGAGGUGGAGGAGGGGCCCAGCGGCAGCUGUGACUUAUUUCCUUGGAAAGAACAUCCGAACGGAGCCCAUCGCUUCUGGCCUUUCCGCUAAGAUCGAGUGCGGAGGAGCCGAGCACAGCCUCCCCGGGGAGGAACUGCGCCCCACUGUCCCAGGAGUGCAGGCUCUCAGGGGGCCACAGGGCACGCGCCCCCCAGCCUGGUGCCGGAGAGGGGAGCGCUGGGGCUCCGGAUGAUGCCACAACUUCCCGGGGAGCGGUGCCAGGCAGACAGA